UCGCCGCCCGCCAGCAGCGCGGAGGAGAGGACCUGGGCCACGGUCGCUACAGGGGCUCGGAUGCCGGGUCCGCUUCUCCGCAGCUCGCCCCUUCUCCUGGGCCAGGCUCUUCCCGGCAGCGCCGGCCACUAGCGCUCCGGAGCAGGGUCCCUCCACCGCGCAGCGACCGCCCCCUGCUGCCAGGCGCCGGGAGAGAGAGGAGCCGGGCCUCGCCCUCCCCGCGGGCGCUGCGGGCAGAGGCUCAGGCGGCAGGACUGUAAUAUGGAUUUAGAACUCAAAGACUAUAACACAACGCUUACUAAGGAGAACAGCUCUGCUACUAUCAAGAGUUCUGAUUUUUCUGCCUGGGAAAACUAUAAGAGCAGCGUAGAUGACUUACAGUACUUUCUGAUUGGCCUGUACACAUUUAUAAGUCUUGCUGGCUUCAUGGGAAAUCUACUUAUACUGAUGGCUCUAAUAAAACGCAAGCAGAACACAAUAAUAAAUAUUCUCAUUGGAAACCUAGCCUUUUCUGACAUUUUAGUUGUGCUGUUUUGUUCGCCUUUUACAUUAACAUCUGUCCUGCUCGAUCAGUGGAUGUUUGGAGCAAUCAUGUGCCAUGUUAUGCCCUUCCUCCAAUGUGUGUCAGUUCUGGUUUCAACUUUAAUGUUAAUCUCUAUUGCUGUUGUCAGAUACCGCAUGAUAAAAAAUCCCCUUUCUAGUAAUUUAACAGCAAAACAUGGCUAUUUCUUAAUAGCAACUAUCUGGGCUCUUGGUUGUACAAUUUGCUCCCCUCUGCCAGUUUUCCACAAAAUUGUAGAUCUCCAUGAAACCCUUAAUUUAGAGACACUGAACAGCAGGCAUUUGUGUAUUGAAUCAUGGCCAUCUGAUUCAUAUAGAAUUGCAUUUACUAUUUCUUUAUUACUCAUGCAGUAUAUAUUGCCGUUGGUUUGUUUAACUGUAAGUCAUACCAGCAUCUGCAGGAGUGUAAAUUCCAGAUUGUCAAACAAGGAAAACAAAUUUGAAGAAAAUGAGAUGAUAAACCUAACACUUCAUCCACCCAAGAGUUGCAGAUCUCAGGUGCAACUCUCCAGCAGUUCUAGAUGUAGCUAUAAGUUUGUCAGACAACACAGAAAAAGGUAUAGCAAAAAGACUGCCAGUGUGAUGCCAGCUAUUUUACGGGGUCAUCUGGAUAAUAAUUCUGGAGAACUGCUAGAAACGUCUGGUACAGAAAGAAGCCAGCUCUCUUCAUCCAGUAAGUUCAUACCAGGGGUACCAAUCUGCUUUGAGAUGAAACCAGAAGAAAAUUCAGAGAUGCAAGACAUGAUUACAGUAUCCCGAUCCAUCACUCGAAUUAAGACAAGAUCUCGGAGGGUUUUCUGCAGACUGACAGUACUGAUCUUAGUUUUUGCUGUCAGUUGGAUGCCUCUUCACCUUUUCCAUGUUGUCACUGAUUUUAAUGCCAAUCUUAUUUCUAAUAGGCAUUUUAAAUUAGUAUACUGCAUAUGUCACUUACUGGGUAUGAUGUCCUGCUGCCUGAACCCCAUCUUAUAUGGGUUCCUUAACAAUGGCAUAAAAGCUGAUUUGAUGUCUCUUAUUCCAUGCUACCAAAUAUCAUGAUUUUAAAAGCUCUACAAUAAAAUAUAAAACAAACAAUGUUAUGCCUAUAAGCAUACUGAAGUAUAAAAUAUCUUUUAUUCAGUUUUAGGUGUGAAUCAGUUGUUAGCAAUGAUUAGCAGCUUUAGGUGUGAAUGGUUAGUUCUAGGUUUGAAUGGUUUGUACAUGCCUCUUAUGUACAGCGGAAAUAUACAGAUACAUUGUAAUAUUAGUCUUUUGUUUAUCUAUUGUAUGGAGGAAAUCAUGUGUAGUGUACAAAACCAUAUUAUCAUUUUAUUAGUUCAAUCAAAUGUUUCAACUGUACCUUACAAAUAUCUGAACUCUAAAUUCACAAUUCAUGUACAAAAUGAGUCCAUUCAUCUCAGUAUCAAUAUCACGAGGCUAUAAUCAGCAAAUUAUUAUUGCUAAAUAAUGUUUAAUUGAAUCAGACUAUUUUGACCACUUCUUAAAAUAA